CGCUUUCCAAAACAAAGAAGAUUUUUGGUAGGAAACAAUUGAUAAAGUACCGAUCUAUACAUUAGAAGACUGGCCAAAGUGUUGAAGUUUUUGUCCUUGUUUUUUUGAUAGUUAUUCCCCUGGUUUCUGUUGUUGUUUUUCACGAAUUUUUGUUGUCCUUUUUGGCCGCCAGUUACUAAUAGAAGUUCAAUCAUAAGAAAACAGAAUAUUCAAGAUGCCUAAUUCUGGGAAUUCCGGCAUUACUGUGAAGAUUGUUGCAGCUGAAUCAUUAUAUAAAAGGGAUGUUUUCAGAAGUCCUGACCCAUUUGCUGUUUUAACAGUUGACGGAUCUCAAACUAAAUCCACAUCUGCUGCUAAGAAGACAUUAAAUCCUUACUGGAAUGAAACAUUCCAAUUUCAAGCUAAUGAAAAUUCUAUACUUGUGAUUCAGGUCUUUGAUCAAAAGAAAUUCAAAAAGAAGGAUCAAGGGUUUUUGGGUGUUGUGAAUGUUAGAAUAGGAGACGUUAUAGAUUUGAGUUCAUCACACGAAGAAACCAUCACUAGAGAAUUGAAGAAAUCUAAUGAUAAUAUAGUUGUCAGUGGAAGAUUAAUCAUUGUUGUUUCACAUAAUGCUAAUGGUAGCAAUCGUCCAUCAAGACCUGUGUCGACCACAGGUGCAUCAAAUGUUCAACAAACUUUACAAUCAGGUGGUAAUGCUGUUCCAAGUCAAGCCAAUGGCGCUACUAUUAAUGCUCCUCCAGCCAUUGGAAGUGGUACUCAAAGUCUUGCUGUCAACAACAAUAAUAGACAAUAUUCAUCAUUCGAGGAUCAAUAUGGGAGAUUACCGCCAGGUUGGGAAAGAAGAACUGAUAAUUUCGGUCGUACUUAUUAUGUGGAUCAUAAUUCAAGAACAACAACUUGGAAAAGACCAACUUUGGAGCAAUCUGAAACAGAAAGAGGUCAACAAAGACAAAAUUUGACAGAUGCUGAACGUAGACAGCAUCGUGGUCGUACAUUACCAGAUGAUAGACCAUUAUCACCAGGUGGAACAAACAAUAUCACCGUUAAUAGUACUGGUACCACUCCUGCUGCAGCUGGAGCAUCUGCUGUUUCAAUGGCUGCUACUGGUGCUACAACUGCCGGUUUAGGAGAAUUACCCCCAGGCUGGGAACAAAGAUUUACUCCAGAAGGUCGUGCAUAUUUUGUGGAUCAUAACACUAGAACUACUACUUGGGUUGAUCCAAGAAGACAACAAUAUAUUAGAACUUAUGGUCAAAAUACCACAGUUCAACAACAACCUGUUUCACAAUUGGGUCCAUUACCAAGUGGCUGGGAGAUGAGAUUAACAAACACAGCAAGAGUUUAUUUUGUUGAUCAUAAUACAAAGACUACAACAUGGGAUGAUCCAAGACUACCAUCUUCAUUAGAUCAAAAUGUUCCACAAUACAAGAGAGAUUUUAGAAGAAAAGUUAUUUAUUUCAGAUCACAACCAGCUCUUAGAAUUCUGCCAGGUCAAUGCCAUAUUAAAGUUAGAAGAGAUCACAUAUUUGAAGAUUCCUAUCAAGAAAUAAUGAGACAAACACCUGAAGACUUGAAGAAAAGAUUAAUGAUUAAAUUUGAUGGUGAAGAAGGUUUAGAUUAUGGUGGUGUUUCAAGAGAAUUUUUCUUCUUAUUAUCACAUGAAAUGUUUAAUCCAUUUUACUGUUUGUUUGAAUAUUCUGCUCAUGAUAACUAUACAUUACAAAUUAAUCCAAACUCAAACAUUAAUCCAGAACAUUUGAAUUAUUUCAAGUUCAUUGGUAGAGUUGUUGGUUUAGGUGUUUUCCAUAGAAGAUUCUUGGAUGCCUUCUUCGUUGGUGCCUUGUAUAAAAUGAUGUUGCAUAAAAAGGUUAUACUUCAAGAUAUGGAGGGUGUUGAUGCUGAAUUCUAUAGAUCUUUGAAAUGGACUUUAGAUAAUGAUAUAGAUGGUGUUUUAGAUUUAACAUUCAGUGCUGAAGAUGAAAGAUUUGGUGAACUAAUAACUGUUGAUUUGAAACCAAAAGGAAGAGACAUUGAAGUUACGAAUGAAAAUAAGAAAGAAUAUGUUGAGUUGAUUACAGAAUGGAGAAUUUACAAACGUGUCGAAGAACAAUUUAAAUCAUUCAUGGAUGGUUUCAAUGAAUUGAUACCUGAAGAUCUAGUCAAUGUUUUCGAUGAAAGAGAACUUGAAUUGCUAAUUGGUGGUAUUGCUGAAAUUGAUGUUGAAGACUGGAAGAAACAUACCGAUUAUAGAGGUUAUCAAGAAACCGAUGAAGUUAUUCAAUGGUUCUGGAAGUGCAUUACUGAAUGGGAUAAUGAACAAAAAGCUAGAUUGUUACAAUUCACUACUGGUACAUCAAGAAUACCUGUCAAUGGGUUUAAAGAUUUGCAAGGUUCUGAUGGUCCAAGAAGAUUUACUAUCGAAAAAGCUGGUGAAUCUAAUCAAUUACCAAAGUCACAUACUUGUUUCAACAGAGUUGAUCUACCACCAUAUACCGAUUAUGAAGCUAUGAAACAAAAAUUAAGUCUAGCUGUUGAAGAAACUGUUGGUUUUGGUCAAGAAUGAUUACGUUUAUUUGCAUCUAAAAUUUUAAUGAGAAAAGAUUUAAAAAAAAAGCUCACAUCUUCAACAUCAUCAUAUUUUGUAUUCAAUAUUAUCACAUUAUUUUUAUUAUUAUUAUCAUUUUUAUUAUCAUCCAUGUUAAAAGAAAAAAAGGAACAAAGAAAUUUAGUUUUAUUUGGUGUUUUCAACGUUUAUUGUCAUUUUUAAUUUUUAUCAAGUUUUUCGUUUUCAACUAUUUUAGUAGUUGGAUAAUUAUACAGCC